AUGACGAGGAAGGGCAAUCAGGACUGGCGAGUCCCUCUGGGCAAGGUCCAAAAUCUCUCCACUCAAGAUUCUUCUUCUCUAUUCGGCAGCAUCCCGAUGGAGCUUGCAAAUCAGUCUCCGCGAGCCGAUGUGCUGUGCGGCUCGAUGGUCGAUCUUGACGGAGGCCCGAAGAAAGCCUCUCCAGGAGCAGGAUUACUGUUAUCAGACAAGGAAUCCAGGAUCCGCGGCGAACUUGAGCUCGACGUGGAGCGAGAUUUGGAGGAGGAAAUCAAGGAUGCGAUAUAUCGCCUCGCUCUGCAACUCCACCGGCUUUACCGGCACAAGAAGGAGAGACUUUCGAGAGCGUCGCAGUCCGCGCAUUGCGCGGGGACAGAGCGACGGGGGGUCGAGGAGAAACCGAUCUCGGAGGUGAAUAUAAGCAUCAAAAUGGAAGGAGGGACUAAGGUCGAGAUUACAGAAACGAAGAGGGAGGCUGCAAGAGAUAAACCUCGGCCUCGCCCGGCCUCGGCAACGCCGAAUUCAAACUGUCGUAUCCCUAACAGCAAGAACGGAACGAGUGUUCCGAGAGGCAAGAAGUUCGACUGGGCGAGAUCUCUUCGAUCGGGAGGAGGCCCGGGCCUCGUCGACAAGAAAGGAGGCGGUGACGAUUCCAGGAAAUCGAGGGCGCAAUCCCACGACCGCCGCCUUGCCCGUCCAAACCCUCGAAGCGUGGGUUGCAGGAGCAACGUCGGCGGCGGCGGCGGCUCGGCGAGGCACAAAGUGAAUCGGCGCGUCGAUCACAAGUUGCUCGACAUGGAAAUGGGUUGGCAAAGCUGA